UUAUUUUGUGAAGUCUGCAAUUUACCGAGCGUCCCUGAAAGCGACAGGGAAGCCAAGAUGGUGAAAUUCGGGCUCCAGUUCAAAGCUACGCUGGAGAACCUAACCAAUGUGAGACCAGUGGGUGACGACUUUCGCUGGUUUCUAAAGCUCAAGUGUGGAAACUGUGGAGAGAUUCCCGAUAAAUGGCAAUAUAUAACCCAAGCGGAAAGUACACCAUUGAAAGGAGGAAGAGGAAGUGCCAGCAUGGUGCAGAAGUGUAAACUUUGCUCCAGGGAAAACUCAAUCGAUAUUCUGGGAGACACGAUUACACCUUACAAUGCUGAGGACAGUGAGCGGUUCAAGACAAUGGUACAGUUUGAAUGUCGAGGUAUGGAGCCUGUUGACUUCCAGCCACAAGCUGGCUUUGCUGCACAUGGAGCAGAGUCUGGAACGCAGUUUCCUGAAAUAACGCUACUAGAAAAAGAUUGGACAGACUAUGAUGAGAAAGUCAGCGAAUCAGUGGGGAUAUAUGAGGUCACACACCAGUUCAUCAAGUGCUGAUGUCACAUGAUCGGGCAAAUGACCACUAUGGCCGAGUGUCAUCGGUGAUGUUUCGGGGUGGAUGGAAGCUGGAGUCUCACACCUUGGCUUAACAAUAGGUGUGACAGGCAUCAACAUGAAAUAUGAACAACAAUGGCUUUAUUCAGUAUGUUCACAGCUUUUUAAAAAAAUAUAUAAAAUAAAGUUGAGG